AUGUCUUCGCACGAAAUAGAGUGUACCACCAACGGGAACGGCAAAAUGGCUGCUCCGUACAGACAGGAUAUGCCCCCUCCGGGCGGUUUCCAAGCCGUCAAAUACAAACGAAAUCUGCCAACCCGAGGGCCAGGUGCUUAUGUUAUUCUCGGAGGUGUGACCGCGAUCUGUGCAUUUGGUUUCUAUCGCCUGGGCAAAGGCAAUCUGGAAAAACGGGAGUUGGAGCGCGAGAAGAUAUGGUCGCGGAUACAUCUCGUCCCCUUGCUGAUGGCUGAGGGUGACCGUGAUACCUACCGCCGCCAACAAGCUGCCCUUGCACGCGAACGCGAGAUCAUGAAGGACGUUCCGGGCUGGGAGGUGGGUUCAUUCCUAUGGAUGAAAUUAGUUUUGUCACUCAUGAUUUCCCCUGCGGUCCGUGUCGGUGUUGUACCUGACACACAGGUCGGAAAGAGCGUUUACAACAAUCCCAAGUACGCGGAGAGCAAUGUUGUUUUGUUGUGA